AUGGGGGGGCCCCCUCUCUACAGGCAGGGCCUCUCCUGCGGGGCUGUGGCCUGCGGGGCAGCAGCCUGCUGGGUGCGGGCUGCUGCAGGUGCCUCUGGGGAGCCGCGGCUGCCCCCUUGGGCCUUCAAUGGCCCCCUGAGGCAGCGGGCGUACAGGGAGGCUCUGAGGCUGCGGAGACACAGGGCGGCGGUGCUGCUGCUGUAUCUGCUGCUGCCUUUCUUUGCGCCUGAGACGUUCAACCUGCAGCACCAGCAGCAGCAGCAACAGAACCAAUCACAGCAGCGGCAGCAACAGCAACAGCAACAGCUGCAGCAGCAACAGCAGCACCAGCAGCGCCAGCUGGUAGAGGCCCACACGGCUGCCGACUUCGCCUCAGAGGCCCCACUCUCCCUCAUUGAGGCUCUUUUAGAUCCUUCACAUGCCAUCGCACUGCAGCAGCAGCAGCAGCAGCAGGAGCAGGAGUACCAGCAUCUCGGCCCUGCCCAGCUGCUGCUGCAGCAGCCCGCGAGGUCCUCCCGCAGCAGGCGGCUGAAGGAAAGGCCCUACUGCGACGCGUCCUCCGGAGAGUGCUUCGUCCCUUUCCCCAGCAGCAGCAGCAGCAGCAACAGUGGCAGCAGCAGCAGCAACAACAGUGGCAGCAGCAGCAGCAAGCCCAGUGGCAGCAGCAACAGCAGCAGCAGCAGCAGCAGCAGCAGCAGCAGCUUCAGCCAGCGCUACUGGGCAUUCGUGAAGUGGCUCUCUCCUUUGUCAGCUGCUGGCGGGUGGAAGGCUCUGUGGUUUAUUUCGCUGCUUUGUGUCUUCUUCUUGGGCUACUGUUCCCUUCUUGCUGCAGUGACUCGUGGCUGCUCGCGGUCUGCUGCUGUUCCUGCUGCAGCACUGGCUUGCUGCGUGGUGUCAGCAGCAGACUACGCCCUGCUGCUGUUCGGGGAUACCCCAGCAGCAGCAGCAGCAGCUGCUGCUGCUGCUGGCGGGGCCUGGAGAGCCACACGCCUCGCGCGCCCUUUUCUGCUGCUUGGGCUGCAGCACUCAGUCCGUAGGCUGCUGCUCAAAAUCGUCAAGACGCUUCCUCAGGUUUGGAGCAUAGUGCUGGCUUUGUUUCUCUCGGUGGCCCUCUUCGACUGGCUGGGGGUAAUUCUUUUUGCAGGCACAAAUGGCCACGAGCAGUUUCACAACUUUCAAAGAGGCUGCGUUUCUUUGCUGCUGGUGGUCACCACUGUGCGGCUGCCGCAGGUCUUAUUAUGCGGCUAUACAGUGCAUGAGGCGGCCGUGCUGUUUGUAGUGGCGUUCUAUCUGAUAACGGCUCUGUUACUGGGUCUCUUCGCUGCUGCCUUUUUUUCCGCCUUUAGAAGACAAGAAGAGAAGGACCAGUCCGAACUCUCCGCUUUGCGAGUUCGCUACCUUCUUGCUGCUUUUUCUCUCCUUCAAGACGCUGGCGGCGGCCGUGUGGGCCCCCGCGAGUGGCGUUGCUUUUAUGGGGCCCUAUCGGCCCUGCCCGCAGUUUCUUUCUUGCCCUUGACGCGGGAGGAGACUCAGAUGCUCCUGUUGUUGCAGCAGCAGCAGCAGUUGCUGCAGCAGCAGCAGCAACAAGAACAGGUCGCCGGCUUCAGCAUUGAGCAAAGGCGGCUUGGUACAGCUGCACUUGUCAGCCCCAAAGGCAGGGAAGAAGCAGAUUGGAUACCACACUGGGGAUCGGGAUCGGGAUCGGGUCUGAGUCGUAUCCAGGACUGGGGAUCGGAUUACGACGCCAGCAGCGAGGCUUCGCGUUUGCUGCUUCAAGUGUCUCCGCUGUCGGCAUCUGCAGCGUCAACAGCAGCGGCAGCAGCAGCUCAGGAAGAGCAGCAGCAGACUGACGCACUGCUGAGGGCUUGGGGAAUACGGAUUCCAGACUCGAAGUCCCCAGCCUGGGUUCGUCGCCACCGCCAGGUGCUGACAGAGGCUCAUUUCACGUUCCAGUGGCUGCAAGAAUCGGCAGCAGGCACAGAGGGGCCCACUGCAGCAGCAACAAUAACAGAGGAGAUCUCCGCUGCGGAAUUUGCAAGGCUACCAGCUGCGCUUUGCGCUCUAGAAAAAGAGAAAGCUGCGGCAGCAGCAAACGCGUUCGCUAAGCGGCGGUCGCCCGGGGCCUCUCUGUCAGUUCUCAAUUUGGCUGCCGACGUUGCUGUUGCUGUUUCUAUGGUUGUUACAUUUCUGCAAACCCGAAAGUUUAUACUGACAGCCUCGACCCUCACAGGAGAGCCACUUGUGGAGGAGGCUGCCGAUGGGAUGCCGACUUCCUGUUUCCUCUGCCAUGCUCGGAGCUACUGGCUGCAGCUGCUGCUAAGUGCCAUUUACAUUGUUUCUGCGGGAACACUCCUGGCCAUAGAACUUAGACACAGGGGCCCCUGGCGCCUCAGCACAGUUGCCAAAUUUGACCUGUGUGGGGUAUCUGUACACCUGCUGGUGGAGCUUGCAUGCUUGCUAGCUGGAGCUGCGCCCUCUCUGUCUUCGGACGCUUCCGAGGGUCUCGUCGACGACCUAUCGCGCGGCGUUGCUUUCGCCAGAGUCCUUAGAGGGCUCCGCAUAGGCUUUAGGAUUCAGCCUCUCAAAAAUAUGGGUAGUACUGCAAGUGUCGAGACGUGUGCGCAGGUGACGCGUUUGCUGCGGGCGGUACGGCGCUUGAAGACCGUUGUUCAGGUUUUGCUGCUGUUGUUCUACGCUUACGCCACGGUUGGCAUGGAGCUUUUUAGAGGUCUCAUAGAAUGCGAGCUGCAAGGGGGGCAAGCAGGGAACGCCACAGGACCCGAGGCUGAGGGUGACCCCAUGGACUUGGGGUUAUUGAAUUUCAAUGACCUGUUCUCCUCCUUAGUGACCCUAUUUCUUUUGACUGUUAAUGGCUGGGACGACUCCCUUAAGGCCUUAGUGAAACACACAUCGGUGCUGAAGUGCAGUUUAUACUUUGUGUCGUUUUAUAUUCUGACGGACACUAUUCUUCUGAACCUCCUCGUGGCCCUCGUCUUGGAGGCCUACGAGCAGGUUUCGUCGACGCCUUCCAAGAGAGCAGCCUCAGCUGUUGAGGAGCAGAAGCAGCAGCGGCAGCAAAAAAAGAGGCAGCAGCAGUCCCUCAGGAUGCCGCUGCAGCAGUCCCCGCUCGUGCUGCCAUUUGGGGGAGCGGCGCUUAGCGAGCAGUCCCCAAGCCCCGCAGGGACCGAUAGCGACCAGUCGAGCCCUUUCUUCGACUCCUAG